AUCGCCUUCUCUUAAGCCUUAUCCUCAUAAGCCCAUUAAGUGUAGUGAUUGUGGUCCUCUGGUCAUCAAGGUAGGGUGUGUUUUUUUUGGGUGCGUGUGUAUGUGUUGAAAUUAAGGUUUUUAACUUAUUGCAUCUGAAUUUCAUCACAACUAGUCUAAAUGGGCACCCUAAUUUCAAUCAUAUUGUACUGUGUUCUUCAACAAUCUUGCCUUUCAAAUUGUCCAUAUGGAUCUCAUUUCCACACGUUCUUUUGCUGAAGCAGUGGGAUGUCAUUUUGCAAUUUAUAGCUACAUGAGAAAUGUGCCUUUCUUAAUGACAAUAUGCUGAAAAUCUGGAAUUUUUUUGUAGAUAGAAAAUCUCCUUUAAUUGCUAUUAUCUGGUUUUUCUUUUCAAUCAGCGACCCCAUCUAUCUUUUGUUCUUCAGGUGUUUGAGAUGUGUAAUGCAGGAGCUGUUGUUCACAGUCAUGGGAUGGAAUCUUGUAUUGCAACAAUGAUAAAUCCAUUCUCGAAGGAGUUUCGAGUCACACAUAUGGAGAUGAUAAAAGGAAUUCAAGGACAUGGUUAUUAAUCAUGAUGAACUUGUGGUCCCGAUAAUUGAGAACACGGCACAUGUAGUAAAGCUCAUGGAGUCUUUUGUUGAAGCUAUUAGUGCGUACCCCAAAACAACAGCCGUGCUUGUUCGGAACCAUGGAGUGUUUAUAUGGGGUGAUUCAUGGAUUAGUACGAAAACUCAGGCUGAAUGCUAUCAUUAUCUUUUUGAUGCUGCUAUCAAGCUGCAUCAGCUGGGGUUAGAUUGGUCUACACCUAAUCCUGGUCCUCUUCACAAUACCAGUGGAUCUUGGGAAUGUAAUGGGAAUUUCAGCAGAGCUCUGAAGGCAGGGUUCCGGAGUUCAGAUUACAUGAUUGAGCUCUCCGAACGUUGUGUACUUCUUGAUAUUGAAGGGACUGUAACUUCUAUAUCAUUUGUUACUAAUGUCCUCUUACCUUAUGCCCGUGAUAAUGUGGGAAAGCAUUUGGCUGCAACUUAUGACAGCAAAGAAACCCAGAAUGAUAUUAAGUUGCUACAUUCGCAAAUUGAGAAUGAUUUGGAACAAGGUAUUAUUGGUGCUUUGCCCAUUCCUUCGGACUAUGUUGGGAAAGAUUUGAUUAUUGCUUCUUUAGUUGCUAACAUAGAAGCAAUGACUCGGGCCAACAUAAAUUUUCCUUCCCUGAGACAACUGCAAGGUCACAUAUGGAAAAUUGGGUUCCAAAGCAAUCAGUUGGUGGGUGUUUUAUUUGAUGAUGUUGCAGAAGCACUUGAAAGAUGGCAUGCUUUGGGAUUUAAGGUGUACAUAUACUCAGGUGGUAAUAGAGAAACACAGCAGCUACUGUUUGCGAAUUCCAAUUAUGGAGACUUGAGAAAGUACUUAUGUGGAUAUUUUGAUACUUCAGUUGGAAACAAGAAAGAAACAUGUAGUUAGAGAUUUUGCGAACAGUGGGAGUAGAUAAGCCUGCAGACAUGUUGUUCAUCACCGAUGACUUCCAAGAAGCCGUGGCUGCAAGGACUGCAGGUUUGGAAGCAAUAAUAUGUAUGCGGCUAGGGAAUGGACCCCUUCCAGAGAAUCAUGGAUUUAGAACAAUCGAGUCCUUACUAGAAAUAUGAAGUCUAAAAUGCACAUAAUUUUGAUUGAGGAUUCUGAUUAUUUAUUAUAUAUAUUUUUUAAGUUUGAAAAUUGGGUAUAUAAUCUUCUAGGCAAUGGUGAAGGGUUAAUUUACUUAUGUUUGCAGUGUAUCACUACAAGA